UCACCUCGAGGCGGCGCUCGGCACCGGUGAGGCCCAGGGUGAGGCGGUCAAGAUAGACCGCUGGAGAGGCCGAAAGAGACACCGAAGGCCAGCGGGGGAUACAGGGACUGGAGGCUGCUCUCGUGGGGCCAGAGGGAACCGUGGUCUUCCUCCGUGGGCGGCGACCCCCACCGACGCGACGAGACAGGAGCAGCCACAAGUCUAGACCACAAUUUGAACACCCUGCCAGGCGCACGCGCGAUGUGAAACAGAUUCCGGAGUCUCGCGGGAUCUUCCCGUUCUCAGCCUCUCAGCCUCACGCCUGCGCAAGUGGCACAGCGGGCCGUGGCCGGGCACUUGGGCCAUGGGGUUGACCCGCGUGAGGGCCGUGUUCUUCGACCUGGACAACACACUCAUCGACACGGCCGGAGCGAGCCGGAGGGGCAUGUCAGAGGUAAUAAAGCUAUUACAAUCAAAAUAUCAUUAUAAAGAAGAAGCUGAAAUCAUCUGUGAUAAAGUACAAGUUAAACUCAGCAAAGAAUCCUUUCAUCCUUACAAUAUGUGCAUUACAGACCUAAGGACUUCCCACUGGGAAGAAGCAAUCCGGGAAACAAAAGGUGGUAAGGACAACAGGAGAUUGGCUGAGGAAUGUUAUUUCUUGUGGAAGUCUACUCGUCUACAGCAUAUGACCCUAGCUGAAGAUGUCAAAGCCAUGCUCACAGAACUUCGAAAGGAGGUCCGCCUACUCUUGUUAACAAAUGGUGACAGACAGACACAGCGGGAAAAGAUCGAGGCUUGUGCCUGUCAGUCCUACUUUGAUGCUAUUGUUGUAGGUGGAGAGCAGAAAGAGGAGAAACCAGCACCUUCCAUAUUUUAUCACUGUUGUGAUCUCCUUGGAGUACAGCCUGGGGACUGUGUGAUGGUUGGCGACACACUAGAAACUGAUAUACAAGGAGGUCUCAAUGCAGGGCUGAAAGCUACAGUCUGGAUAAACAAGAGUGGAAACAUGCCUCUGACAUCCCCCAUUCCACAUUAUAUAGUUUCUUCUGUGUUAGAAUUACCUGCUCUCUUACAGAAUAUCGAUUGUAAAGUCAGUUUGUCUAUUUGAAGCACAUAAAAAGGCGCAAUUCCAAACUUUAGAGUAUUUCCAGGGUUGAAGCUAAGAUGAGUUAAGCCAUUCUGAAAUAAUUUGAUUUAGGAUUUAAUAGCCAAUUUGUGAGGGUCUUCCCAACCCCAUUGCUUUUUACAACUAAUCAUUGAAUUGUAGUUAUAUCUGAAAAUCCAGAUUAUGUUAAUACAGGUUACUUUUAGUGCUGUAGUUCAAAAAACUGGAGGAAAUACAUCAUUUUUUUAGUCUGUAAUUUGAGAUUUUAAAAAAUUGUUUUUGUGGGGUUUUGUUUGUUUGUUUGUUUGUUUGUUUUGGUACCAGGGAUCAAACUCAGGACUUUGCGCUUGUGAGGCAGGUGCAGGCACCACUGAGCCAAAUCCCUGGCCCAAAAAAUUGUAUUUUUAAUCAUUUAGUACUUUGGCUCUAUGGUACAAAGCAGGAUAGCUUACACCUGGAUAUGCAAAUGCAGGUUGUAUGGCUUAAAAA